GUGGUAGCUGACGCUGCUCCAGCCGUAAGUGUUUCUGCGCAAGCAGAUGUCGUAUUAGGAGGAUGCCCCCCAAUGCCCUGGGGGGGGACAGCAACUGUACUGCCUCAUCCUCACACACAGCCAGCGGUGCAAAAGGGUUGCCCGCAAGGCGAGCAAGUACAAGACGUGUGGUGCGGCAUCAAGUGCAGAUGGAUUUACCGCCACGUGCUCGAAGAUUGGAGGCAGGCCGCGCUGUGGGGGCCGGCGGUGGCCCUGCCGUACGCUGCGAUGGCCGCCUGGUGCGCGUGGCGGCGCAGCAGUUUCCAGGCGGGCCUGCCGCUGCACCGCUGGACGUGGCGCUUCGGGGCGGUCGCGGCCGCGACCGCGGCCCUCUUCGCCUCGCAGCUGCCGUGGUCCGCGGGGUGCCACGCCCACCACGUGAUCGCGCCACUGCUCAGCGCUAUUUCUCUGGUGUUUCUGGGCGCUCUGAAGGUCAUCCAGCAGAUCCUCGUCGCGCACAAGCUCGAGGAGCUCCGCUGCGGGCGGCUGGCUCGGACCGUCCGCGCUCUUUCGGUCGCGGCCCUGCUGAGCUUGGUCGCGUGUCCUGCGACUCGGGUGCUGCAGUGGCAUGCGGCCAUCACAGAGGCCUUCGGGGAUGCCAUGGGGCUCUGCUACGCGCUGGCCUGCAUCUCUGGCCUCUGGGGCCUGCUGGGUACCGCAGGACGUGCGGCGCUGUCUAGUCGCGGCGCGAAGAGGCGCGGGGCCUGCUUCAUCCUUCUGUCGGCCGCGACCCUGGCGUUUUCAUUUGCUUGCACAAUUUGCAUGUUAUUGAAUGUCGACAUUCGUACGUCUUAUAAUGUGUCCAGGCAGGUCGUGUUUUAUGAUCACUGGUUCUGGGUCGCCGACGCGAUGAUUGACUGCAUCAGCGUGGCCCUCUGCUCGGGGCUGGCCGGGCCAACCUCGCUGCAGGUUCUGGCGCGGGAUGCCUUCGCGGCCAUCAACUCCUACGACCACGACCAGCUCCAGGGGUUCUACGAGAAGUACCUCGAGUAUCUGGACAGGGCGCAGGUGAAGUGGGUGCGUUGCGGCUACCUGCGGCGCCUGGUGGCGGCUGGGCACAUCAUGCCGCGGUGCCAGGAGGUGCCGCGCGACCAGGCAGUUCUUGGCAGUAAUGGGUUCCCGCUCGUCCGGGACGGGCCGAAAGCGAGAUUCGUGUUGUCGCACCCGUGGUUGUCGAAGGAACACCCAGAUCCCACGGGGGCGAAGUUGAGGAUGCUGGUUCGUCAGCUCGACAUGUUGCUGGCCGGCGACGAUGACGCGAUCUUCAUCGACUACUUGAGCUUGCCCCAGAACGACAAGCAGAACCCUGAGCUGCGGCGGCUGGAGCUGGAGCAGAGGACUUCCGAGCCCGGCAAGCACCCAGCCGUGCGCACAGAGGCAGAGGAGGCGCAGUUCAAGGUGGCGCUUUCGGCCAUGGAGCAGAUCUACAGCAUCGGCAAGACGCGGGUGAUUGUGCUGCCCAUGGGCAGCGCCGUCGAGAGGGGCAGGGAAUACAUUUCCAGGGGGUGGUGUUUUCUGGAGUUCUGCCUUGCCAUGUCCUUCGGCAACAUUGCGAAUGCCGAGAUCCACGAGCCAGUCAGGCGCCUCGUCGAGGAUGUCCAAGCAAAAGAUGGUGACACGAUUGAUGGGUUCGCGAGGCGUUCAAGGGCACACACUUCACCAACAAGGGCGACGCUGACCUCGUCCUUGGACUUUUCGAGAAUAUGCUGAACUUGGGAGCUCGCAGGCGAGGGAGUCCCGCACCAUGCUGAAUCAGGAGGGGAAAACCGCACAGACAAUGAAUCGCCGAUUCCCAGAGGAAAACAUGGGCAACUGUGGGUAGUGGGGGAGAAGACAA